CCGGGCAUGCUCGGAUGGAACAGAACUCAUUGGAAAAACCGUCAGCACGACGGUGUUGUGGAAAACUUUAUCAUAGGGCUGCGAUAGGUAAUAUGGAAGCAAUUUGCAAUGUUCAUUUCUCAAUGUCAUCAAGUCAAAUUAUAACAGUAUUUUGUUUACACAACAAAAACAAGAUUCCUCUUUCAACUUGUGUUGUAUAGCAUGUGGAAAUUGCGAUGACUAUUUCUGUCAGACGUGCGCGGCACACACGUGUUUGUUCGAACAGGGGAACGGCCUAUGCAUUUCAUUGUAGCCCUAUACAUUGUAUGGACAUGUACAUUAUGUAUGCACACUUCCGAAGCCAAACCGAACCGAAGUUUGGAGAAAAAAAUUUGAAUCGCAACCGAACGGAUCCGAACUUAACUUUGAGGAUCAGUUACAGCACUAAUCUGGAGACAAGGUACAUGUACAUGCACGCAAUUUUGUGAUCAAAUAGUGGUCGUUUUGGAUCGUUACUAUGAACUCAUAUUCACUUACUAUGCUUGAAAAAAAUUAAGUAAUAAAAAAAAAUAAAGAAUAUACCCACAUAUAUGUGAAUAAAUAUAUUACACAGCAGGGAUUAACAAUUUAUGCAAAUUAGGUGUAUUUGGGUCCAAAUUAAGGGUGGCAUCCACCUACAUUUUCGUCUCCAUCCUUUGACUGAUUGAUCUGACAUGGUUGCCAGUCCAAAGUGUAAUAUUCCACUUUGGCUGGUUGUCCUGACCCAAAACCUUCCAAUCCAUUAAGGAACUGACCUAGAAAAAAUGAAGUCUGCACAUUAAGCUGGUGGGUUCCAUGUACAGUGUUCAGAAUGGCAAGCAUCGUGUAGGUUAUCAGCCAAGUAACGUUAGAUAGAUAUUGUUCACGUGUACAUGUAGGCACCGUUUUACUACAGCUCUUGAUGGAGAAAUUAACAAUUUAGUGCCGGCUUUAUUUUUGCUGAACAUUUUGAAAUUUUCAAAAGGCAAAAUUUCCCAGCCAACUUCUGAUAAACAGCCAAACGCCACACUACUGACUCACAAGAGUGAUUUCAACAGUAUUUGUCCGAUGAAAUUGUGCUGAAACCUCUUAUGUUUCGAUCCCUGGGGUUUGCACUGGAACGUAAAUUCUGUACAGCAAUAGGCCGUGUAGAACGGCCCACACAACGGUCAGCGUAUGUUUCACCUCCACAGACUUUGUGCGUGUAAAUGUACAAAAGGCACGAAGGAUUAACGUGUUUAGACGUCACCCAGAGGCGAGAAGAGGCAAUCUUGACGUCUUAAUCCAUUAGCCAUCAGCCAUAUCUCUGCACAAAAACAGCAAGUGCCUGUGAUCACGGCCUCCGGCGCAAACUGGUUAAUGGCUGUUUGACAGUAAGCACCUCUUUGACUUCGCAAGAGAUCUGGAUGCCAACAAUUUUGUUUUGACACUGGCUCCACUUGGACAGGAAUUGUGUACAUAAAAACUUGCUGCCUUUUUUAAGGAAUAGACAGCAACAAGGCAAACUUAAUCUGGCACACCAACACCUCUGGUCAUCAUGGAAACUACAUGGCCACCAAACAAAGGAAUAAUUGUCACUUCAAACUCAACAGAAAACAAUAUUGAGAAUGAACACACAUCAACAACAUUGGUGAUUUUGGUAGCGGUUUUGGCAGUACUUGCGGUCUUUCUGUGCGUCUUACUGAAUCCACUGAUGCUUUUCACCUUACGUCGUGUCACCAGCAUCCAGCCAACAACCAAAAUAUUCAUGGCUUCUCUCACCCUGUCUGAUCUGUGCAACAAUUUAUACUGGAUCCUUGUAUUAACCGAAUUGUUUGCUGGAUCUUGGUUGCUGGGGGAUUUUCUCUGUGUGGUAUACGGUGUCACUAGCUACCUUUUUGUCAGUUUGAGUAUUUUUUCUCUGUUUAUUCUGACUGUGGAUCGUUAUAUUGCAAUUUCCCAGCCUCUGCAAUACCCUUCAAUCAUGACUGUGUUCAGGUCAAAGAUAAUUGUGUUUAGCUCAUGGGCUGCAGUGAGCAUAUUCUGCAUUUUAAUAUUUGGGAUUGAUGGGAGUCGUAUUGUCUCACUGGAUACCCGUUAUUAUCUUUGCAUAGGACAUUAUGACUGGAGGAAUUAUCUGGCUGUUUUGCUAGCUGUUGUCAUAAUUCUAUCAAUAUUCAUCCUGUAUGCACGCAUCGCCCUGAUAGCUCGCAAGCAAGCCCGACGCAUUUCUGCUGAAAACCAAGCAGGCAAUGGUCAAGGUGGGCAGAGAAUAAACACCAGAUCAACCACCACCAUUAUCAUCAUAACAGGGACUUUAAUCAUCACCUGGAUUCCUACAGUCGUUAGGUUGCUGAUAGUGAUACCAUCUCCACAACACACAUGGACACAGUACCUGGCUGGCACAUUCACAAAUGUUCUGCUGCUGUGCAAUGGCUGGCUGAAUGUUAUGAUUUACUACCUGAGGAAUAGGGAUCUUCGUCAGGCAGUGCGUGCUUUACUAUCUGACUGGCAUCAAAGUCUUCAACAAAGAUUCUUGCAUUAAUGUUACAAUGCAGUUGUGAUUCUUUACAGAAUGAUACAACCAUUUUGCCAGCUUAACAUGAGUUUAGAUUGCCCAAGAACGCUGAUGAAUCAGUCGACUCUUUGCAUACAGCGAGCUGAUGCAUUGAUCAGUUUUAAAAGUGUAGACCUCCUAGUUGUGAGCUGAUACUGGCUUAAUGUCAUAGAGCACUGUUUCUAUUGUGUUCAAUAAAGUUAUUUAAAGCGGCACAGAGGUUGGGAGGAUGGGCCAAAGCACUUCGGCCCACAGUUCUGAAGGUUAGAAAGGAUUUUAAGAACGUAUUGUUGAGCCAAGCCAUUAUUACUUUACAACGGACUUGAGAGUUUUGGAGUAAACUCAAUAUUGUAUUAGAUUAUUACUAUACCUCAUACAUACUCAUGAUCGAGAGCCGAACCCUCACUGGUCAAUUCACCAUCACGUGCCAGAU